CGGUCACGUGACGCGGCGCACAGCGGGCGCUCAAGAUGGCGGCGCCGGGCAGUGGCGGGGUGGGUGCGGCUGCACUGGUCGCGUAAGGAGUGGUGGGGGCCGCGGAGACCGACCGGGGCUGCCAGCUGGGGGCCGCCGCGCAGGUUCUAAAUGGCUUCUAAGAAGUUGGGGUCCGACUCUCAUGGGCCUUUCAGCUAUCUCGAUGAUGUCCCAUUUAAGAUAGGAGAUAAAUUCAAAACCCCAGCAAAGGUUGGAUUACCCAUUGGUUUCUGCCUGCCUGAUUCUUCUCAGCUUGUCAGAGAAGCCCAGUAUGACUUCUCACUGGAAAAGAAAACAAUUGAGUGGGCUGAAGAUAUUAAAAAAAUUCAGGCUGCCCAGAGAGAAGCUGAACGCAAGGCAGGAGAAGCAUUAGCUAACUCCAGAGCAGGUCCAGAAGACAGCAGCAGAAUGGGGUUCUCGGAAGGGCCUUGCCUGGAGGCUAUCCCACCUCCUAUUAACCCCAUCCUCGCUAGCCUGCAGCACAAUAGCAUCCUUACUCCCACACCAGCCAACAGCAGUGCUGUGAAGCAAAAGGUUCUAAGCCCACCUCGUCCAAAAGCGGACUUCAACCCAGCUGAUUUUGAAUGUGAAGAAGACCCAUUUGACAAACUGGAAUUAAAAACUAUCGAUGACAAGGAGGAAUUAAAAAAUAUUCUGGAAAUUCAUGUUGGUACCACAGGGCCUAUUGUUGCCCAGCUGUUGGAUAACUCGUUGCCCAAAGGAGGAUCCGAGUCCGUGUUGCAAGAUGAGGAAGUUCUGGCAUCUAUAGAAAAGGCCACGUUGGACUUCAAGCCCCUUCACAAACCCAAUGGCUUUAUCACUUUACCACAGCUGGGAAACUGUGAAAAGAUGUCAUUGUCUUCCAAAGUGUCCCUGUCCCCCAUCACCGCAGUGAGCAAUAUCAAAUCCUUGUCCUUUCCUAAACUUGACUCCGAUGAGAGUGAUCAAAAACCCUCAAAGCUCACGGGCACUUUCCACAGCACUAGCUGUCUCCGCAACGGCACUUUGCUCAGCUCUUUACAGACCUGUGCUCAGAGUAAAACCAGUGAACUCAAUGGACACCAUAUGGUUGGUCUUUCCACCCUAAAUGAGGACAGUGGCAUGGAGACAGCAACAUUAUCCUCUUCAUCCAGGCUGCCUUCCCUGGCUGUGUCUACAGCUUGUAUGGAAGAAGAAUCGUCUCAAAGCGCAGCGACUACGGUACACCCAGACUACGAGGAAACGGAAAUCCCUGCGGUAACGCAACAGAAUUUUCUGCUGUCGAAAGUGCCCAGUAACACCAGCUGCACGAAGCGGCCGGGUGGUCCUGCUCCUGAGCUACUGCAGGUCCUCUCUGCCAGUGAGAGGCAAUGCGUAGAGACCGUUGUCAACAUGGGGUACUCACCUGAGAAUGUCCUGAAAGCCAUGAAGAAGAAGGGACAGAACAUAGACCAGGUUUUGGAUUACCUGUUUGCACACGGACAGCUUUGCGAGAAGGGCUUCGAUCCACUUCUUGUUGAAGCAGCUUUGGAAAUGUACCAGUGUUCAGAGGAAAAGAGAUCGUGGAUGAUUCCUGGGUUGGUGUCAGCAGUACCAAAUACGAUCACAGAACUUCUCCAGCUAAUGAGUCAGUUUAAAGAAAUGGGAUUUGAACUGAAGGACAUUAAGGAGGUCUUACUAUUACAUAACAACGACCGACACAAUGCUUUGGAAGCUCUAAUGGCCCGCGCGGGAGCCAGCUGAAAACACAUUCCUGGAUUUUCAGCGUGCAGCAGGGCAGGACCAGCUCCGCCAUCUUCACAUCCAGUGUGACUUGCUCUCUGCAGGAAGGAGGCCGGCUUUUCGCAUACCUGGGAAAGUGACUGAGUAAGCCCGCCUGUGAACAUCGCUCCAGCAUUUCUCUUCCCACUGAGAGCCACUUUUCUUUCUUAAAUUUUUGAAGUGUCCUUUCCUAAGUUUCCUUUUUUGAGCUUGGCCACGGAGAGUCUGGACUGCCCAGCCUCUACUGGAAUUCUACAUAGGUAGAGAGGGAAGUGGUUUUCACCCUCCUCUGGAGGAGGAAACCCUUGCACCCUUGCACUGGAGUUGGACAGAGGAACAUUAUGUUGGAUCUGAAACUAGGAUGCUUUGGUUCUUUGAAGCUGCUUUCAUGGUGUCUGCUUUUACUGAAUUACUUGACUGUCCCGAUGAACUGGUUAAAUUUGACCGUUAGUGCAAUGGAGUUUUAUUUUUUGGCUGAAAGUUAGUCUGUAAAUUAGUACAACACUGGUUUGGAAACUCGCUAUGCAUAGAGAGAAGCUCUUCCUCUUGUGAUUUGUUUUUCACCCAUGCAUCCAACACUUCUGCCAGACGUGAGUAUCCCCUGUUGAGUGGUGUGUAAGGUCGCUUGAGACAGGUAAGCUGUGAACUCUGCCUGGACCCACAGCUUGUGUUGGUUCUUGAACCUGGCUGCAGAGAACUGGGGCUUGGUAUCCGUAAUCCCCCAGGCUUGUAGGAUAUUUAAGACAAUGCCCUGGUAGGAAAUCAACAAUCUUGUUGUUUUAAAUAAUAGUGUGAUGCAGGAGGUUUCUUUCAAGCACUUUCUUUAAAACAAAUAUAUUCACUGCGUUAGUUCCAUUUUUCACACUGCUAUAGGAUUACGUAAUAACAUUUAGUACUAGAGAUCAGGUUUUGGGUUGUUUUUGAUAGUUCAAAGUAUUACAUUGUACAUUGUUCCAGUCCUAAAUACAUAAAAUAUCAGGAGUCUUGGAGGAAUCUUUAAGGUAACUUGCUAAAUAUUUUGAUUUUGCAGAGGAAUAACUAAUAAAACCCUCAAAUAUCACUCCCAGUGUCAUGGUUCCCAUCUCUCACGCUCUUUGACUUCAGCAGAGGAAGAACUUGCUGGAUCCUGCCUGCCCUGGUGCUGCCCGCUCCUGUUGGCACACAGAAAUGCUGUCUGUGUUGGGCAGACUGGCCAGGGGGCUCCAGCCAGGUGGCUGCAGUGGUGGAACGUGCUUUUUGUGUGGCUUUUCUGUUUUGUUGCAACAACCGAGCCUGGGGAUCCAAACUCAUGUUAGACCAAGCUUGGAGCUUUGGACUUCGGGAGGGGAGAACACAGCUCACUGCCUCAGUUCAGGUUUUUCAGUAGGAGGUUUUAGUUCAUCAGGACCCCAAAGGAGGUGGCAUCUGUUUCCAUUAUGUUAUUCACUUGAUCUGACCAAAAGGCCUAAUCUGAGUCCAGCGUUAAUUCCUGGAAUUCUCUGUAAGGUGCUGAACUAUGAUGUUAAUUACAUACCUUUACUUAAAACAACAGUGAUGCUGAGGAGAGUUGUAGCUGGCAAGUAUCUAGGGGGUGUGGAGGUGGACGAUGAGUAGGACCAGGGCAGAUCACGUCGUGUUCUACCCCAAACCACUGAGCUUCACCAGCUUCCAGUGAUGGGGAUGGAUUAAAGCUUGUUUAAGAGGGACAUUCGGGAGCUGGUGGGUCAGCAGCUGCUGACUCUGUGUGUGUGUAUAAAGAAGUUGUCCAGCAUCGCUUCCCAGGCAAGAAACCUGACAGCUUGAAACAAGCAGAUGGGGUUUCUGAUCAGUCAGAAAAGCUGGAAAACAAAACUCACUCUGUACGGUCACUGCUGAGUGUUCCGUUGUGUUGUUUUGGUUGUCUCAGUUCUAAUAUCCAAACAAGUACCUCUGUGGAAC